AUGGCGAGCGGCUCGUCCCGGCCCCAGAUUCUCUGCGUCUCCUUCAACCAGGACAACAGCAUGUUCUCCGUCGGGACCAAGGAUGGGUUCAAGAUUUUCGAUGCCCGGACCGGGAGGCUCUGCAACGACAACAAACUUGGAGGACUGAAUGUCGUGGAGCUGUGGUUUGCUACGAACCUCAUCGCUAUGGUCGGAACUGGGGAACAGCCUUCACGGUCUCCUCGUCGCCUUUGCCUGUUCAAUACCAUCACAUGCGCCUCAAAGAAGGAUCUGAACUUCAGGAGUACAAUUUUGGCUGUUCGGUUUAGUAGAACGAGGCUUAUUGUUGUUUUGCAGGACAAGACCUUUAUUUACGAUCUAAACAGCACUCGUAUCUUGGAGGAAAUAGACACGGUUCAUAACCCUAAAGGUCUUUGUGCAUUUGCUCCUAAUUCAGAAUGGUGUUAUUUGGCCAUCCCAGCAAGCACAUCAAAAGGAUCCGCUUUAGUGUAUAAAGCGUCAGAGCCUGAAUUAAUAUGCCAGAUAGAUGCCCAUGAGUCUCCAUUAGCUGCAAUGGCAUUUUCUUCUAAUGGGAUGUACCUGGCAACAGCUUCUGAGAAGGGCACUAUGAUUAGGGUAUAUAUCGUGGCACAAGCAACCAAGUUGCAUAGUUUUCGGCGGGGAGCAUAUCCAUCAACAAUUUACUCGCUCUCAUUUGGGCCGUGCAUCGAUCGGCCUGAUGUUCUUGCUGCCACAAGUUCGUCAGGCUCUUUGCACAUGUUUUUUCUUGAUGCUGCCAGAAAUGGAAGGAACCAAACGAAUAAAUUACUCGGUUCAAUAAUUCCUGGAUCCAAAGCAAUUUCCGACGCUUUGGAUCCAGCUAAUCAUCAUGUUAUUCAUAACAUUGCCCCCGCAGAAACCAAGAGCUGUCUAGCAGUACAUAGUGUAGAGUAUUCCCAAAAUUCUUCCAAGUUUCCUGCUGUGAGGACUGUAGUCUAUGUUGUAACUCACGAUGGAUACUUCCGCGAGUACACGAUCAGCACCACCAAGUCAAACGAAUCUUCAUGGGUUUUGGAGCGCGAAUUCAGCCUGCUGGAUACCGGUUAUACUCAGAAACAGAAUGAACACCACCACGUGGACUGA